CACAACUAGUCAACAGCCCCAGCCUUCCUUUCGUCCCUCUUCAGAAGUUCAGAUCCCCUAUCGCCCUGCCUCCAAGCCGAAUCAUCGACCUCACCAUGGCCCAGACCUCGGUCUCGCCGCCGCCGCUCCGUCCUUCCAAAGCCAACACGCACAAGGUUUCUUUUUGUUCAACUUUCUUGGUGAUCUUGUCGGCUCGCAUCUCCAGUACAAGGUCGCGCUGUGCCAGCUCUUGGUCUCACCGGACAGGGAAGAGAACAUCGCCCGUGCGCGCUCCCGCAUCGAGGCCGCCGCGGACGCCGGCGCCAUGCUUAUCGUCAUGCCGGAAAUAUGGAGCUGCCCCUACUCACUGGAGAUCCUGGCCAGCUACGCCGAAGACAUAGACGGCGGAGUAUCACCGUCGAUCUCGAUGCUGUCAGAGGUCGCUGCUGCUAGAAAGAUCACCAUUGUAGGUGGAUCGAUACCAGAGAAGGCGUCUGGGAAGGUGUUCAACACCUGCUGUGUCAUCGGACCAGAUGGACAGAUAUUGGCCAAGCACAGAAAAUUGCAUUUGUUUGAGAUUGACAUCCCAGGAGACAUCAAGCUCAAGGAGUCUGAUACAUUCACAGGUGGACAGGAACCUACAGUAGUUGACACAGAUGUUGGACGGAUUGGCAUAGGGAUAUGUCAUGAUAUCAGGUUCCCAGAACUAGCAAUGCUGUACAGAUCAAGAGGUGCACACCUGAUAUGCUAUCCUUCUGCAUUCAACAUGAGCACUGGGGAGCUCCUGUGGGACCUCAUGCAGAAAUCCAGGGCUAUUGACAAUCAGCUGUUUGUGGCAACAUGCUCGCCGGCUCGAGACCCUAACGCGGAGUCGGAUUACAUGAUUUGGGGCCAUUCGAGCCUCAUCGGACCGUUUGGCGAAGUUCUUGCAGCAGCUGGGCACGAGGAAGCGACCGUCAUCGGCGAAAUCGACCUCUCCAUGAUACUAUCUACAAGGGAGAACCUCCCGUUGGGGAUGCAGAGGAGACGAGAUCUGUACCGAUGGGUGGAUGUGCAGAGGCGUGGAGAGUCCGCAAGCGACGGCGCCCGGGGAGUGGAGGGCGAAGACGCUCUGGUCAGUGACACCGUGCUCUGAGCUGUGCAGCAAGAUGCCUCUGCUUAGUCCCUAGUGUAACAUUGACAUGUACGACCUUUGACAACUUUGACAUGUUGGAGUUGACUGAUCUCCGAUGCCAAAAACUUUUUCUGAAUUUUGAUGAGGUUGUGUUGUAUCGCA